AUGCCUCUAGCAAACACGUUCGGAACGCACAAUCUAGAAGCUCAUCCCUUGCACAUCCAGCCAGCGGUCCAUAUUAAACUUAGUAAGGAGGAAAGGUCUCACUAUAAGGAGCAGCAUCGUUCAUUAAAGUAUAUUUCAAAUUAUGUUUCUGUUUUCGACCAAGCGAUAAGUGAUAAUAUUGACUCUAGGAUUAGGAAAGAGAAUGAAGCCUUACUGAAAAAAUAUUACGAAUCAAGAAAACCUUUCACUUUUACUAGUUUUAGGCAAGGAAGCGUAAUCAGUUCUUCUGAUUCUUCUACAGGUUUCACCGAGAGAACAAAAACCUAUUGUUUUUUGAACGAUUUCGUCAGUAAUUGUGUGAACGAGGUGGACCCAUAUACACUAAAGAUGACAGUGAGGAAUAGACAUACUGCGCUGAAUAUGGAUAACCUCGAUGAUGAACGUAAGAGCAAAGAUGACAUAUGUGAUUUUGAAGACAAUACUGACGAGGAGUGUAAUGGCAGGUCCGGUGGUGCUUUCCAUUAUUCAUCAGAAAGACUAGAAAUUCUUCGCUCACAUUCGACAAGAUCGUAUUUUAAAUAUUAUAAGAAGCUUUUGACGGUAGACCUAAGAGACAGUGAUGUUCUGAAAAGGCAUAACUUAUGGAUGCCAAUGAUUACCAGAAGAUUUAGGUUUCUAUUAGUAUCGAGUGCAAAACCGGAAGAUGUAAGGUCGACAACGCCAGUACCAACAUUUUUGCAACCAGAUUUAGACAUUUUUAAGAACAAGACAUGUCCACUCUUCAUCAAUGGUACAGAUUGUGUUCCUAGGAGUUAUGACACCUUUUCGGGUUCUUCUGUCGUCGCUUCAGUUUUUUCAGAAUAUAAACUCCCCUCGCUUUCAUAUCACUGUUCUGUCGAGCUGAACGAUCAAUUAUUCAUUGCCGGGGGUUUGAUGGCAUGCCAUAGAUAUGAUGAAGAAGCGCCUGAUUUAAACGACUUUUACGUGGAUGGCAUAAAAAAUUUACCACCACCACUAAUACCAGAGCUAGUUAAUAACCCGUCCAUGAUCCCUAAUCCUCACUUGUAUUGUUUUUCCUUAACUUCUUCUAGAUUAACAAGACCUGAUAUUUCAGGUUACUUUCCACCCCCACUGGUGUGCACUCAGGGUUGUAAAUUGACGGAAAGACAUAUCUUUUUUUAUGGUGGAUUUGAGAUCAAGUCGGAAACCCAAGUCGAUGAUAAGGGAAGAUAUUUCAUAAGAAAGAGAGCUUUCUUGAACAAUACUGGUUAUAUCCUAGAUACAGUAACGUUCAAUUUCUCAAAAAUUGAAUUAGUGGCCCCUCCGUACCAGUUUGCAAUUUACAAUAACUUCUCGCCAAGAUUCGGUCAUAUGCAAGCAUCAGUAAGUAAUUCUAACAAUAUGUCCAACGAAAAUAUUAUAGCAAAUACGAAAGGAAAAAGGUCGGUUAGCCCAUAUCGUCGAGGUAGUGCGGAUCACAAAAUAGAUGAUUUAGUAGGUUCGCCUGAAAGCAGGGACUGUUUAGAGGUUGAUCCAAUGCCACCAGUAACAAACCCGAGGUCCACAGAUAGCCUCCCUCCCAAACACUGUAAUGCAGCAACGCACACCUGCUGCUCUGUUAAUACCAUUGUGAUCUUUGGAGGUUAUUGUCAGACUGGUGAUGACAAGUAUGAAGCUAUGAAUGACAUGUGGAAGAUAGAUAUCCCCGUAAUUUCUCGUGGGAAACGUAAUUACUAUAAAUUCGCAGAUACUGUCACUGCUACUAAAAUUCCUAUUAUCGAUGACCCAGAAUUAUGGCCAAGCAGGAGAGCAUUUUCAGCGUGCUGUGUACCAGAUUAUUUUACCAAGGAUGUUGAACCCAUAGAAACUAGACUGCUGAGAAAUUUGAAGAAUGAUUUCUCCAUAGAUUUGGAAAUUCGGCCAGGAAAUAAGCCAUCUCAACCACUUUUUCCGAAUAUUCCACAUUCAAGGAAGGAAAAGAAGAGUGGGCGCGAUAGUAUGCAUAUUUCCAGUUCUGGUAAUAGUACUAGUGAAGACACUUCGUCAAAGUCUACCAGGAAUACCACUUCUAGCCCUCCUACAAGCCCUAAACAUACACCACCACUGAAUGCACCAAAAAAGUGUACACCAUUUGGAAGAACUGUUGCGUUCCACGGAGGUUCUGAUGGCUGUAAUGUUAACAGCGAUAUGUGGUGGUUUGACUUCGAUUCCGAAACCUGGACGAAGGUAGACCUGUAUGCCAAAACACAAGAUGAAUCUGACGGCUUGGUACCUAUCAACUUAUGUAUGGUAGGGCACUCAAUGACAACUGUAGGCCAUAAGGCUGUGUUUAUUGGGGGUCUACGGCAAGGUGAUGUUGACCGAAUAUACCGAGAUGAAACACUUCCUGAAGAAAUAAUUUCGGGUGUUCCACUCGGCAGUGGUGUUAUAAAUGUUGUGGAUUUAAAUACGCAAUGCCUUCAAGGUUGCAAGCUUAUACGGAAUGAUGGAGAUACUAAAGAAUCUGUUAUUAUGGAUCCUCAUGUCGGCACACCCCACCAGGUGCUGACUGUAGCAGGUACAAUAGAACUGGUUAAAGGAACCAUGACUUUAAUAGGAGGUGUAGUAGCCAGUCGCCAAGACAUUUCGAGCCUUUACUUGAGGGGAGCUGUUUUACAAUUCAUUCUACCGAGCAUGAAUCUGGCCAACUAA